GCGACCAAGACCAAGAGAGAUUACAGAAACAACUAAACAAAAAGGUUGUGUGAUUACUUGCUUCUCCACGUCUACGGAUAGAACACCGAUUUCUGCCACGUCACCCUCUCUCUCUCUCUCUCUCUCUCUCUCUCUCUCUCUGCGUUUUCCCUCCCUUUCAUGAAUUUUCCUGCGAACCAAACAAGUUUUCUCUGCCGAUUCUGUGUUUCACGUUUAUGGCUGCCAAAAUGAGCCAUAACAGCUUUCUAUCACCCAGCUCUUCAAAUCCAAGGCUUCCACUGAAGCCAAAUAGAAUGCAUUAUUCAUGCAACAAAGUUUCUGACUUGGAUCACCUGUUGAGUUGCUGGGGCAAUUCAAGAAAGAUAUGCCUUAUAAGAUCUGUGUUGUCGGGAAAAAGCAAUCAUAUUAUUAAAUUACGACCGAUUGGAUGUAGAAAUCAGUAUCUGACAUUUAAAAGGUCGAGAAGAAUGGGAAACCUCCUCCCUUUUUCUGCCGCCGAUGAUGGCGUUACGGUCAAUGGGACUCCCCAAGCAACAACCAAUAGUGAUGUUGAGGACGUAAGGGAAAAACUAAACCGGUCGCUAAACAGCGACAGCGAUGGUCUUGUUCAAUUUCUGCAUGAAUCAGCAAGGGUUUUUGAGUUGGCAAUUAAAGAACAAAACCCAUUUUCGAAACUGACUUGGUUUUCUUCUGCUUGGCUUGGCAUUGACAGAAAUGCAUGGGUGAAAGCACUUUCUUAUCAGGCUUCCACAUAUUCCUUACUGCAAGCUGCAAGCGAGAUUGCAUCCCGAGGUGAUGGUAGAGAUGGGGAUGUAAAUAUUUUCGUUCAAAGGAGUUUAAUACGGCAAUCAGCUUGCCUUGAGAGCUCAAUUAGGGAUAAGAUAUCAACAAAGCAACCUGAAGCUUACGAGUGGUUUUGGUCUGAGCAAGUUCCAAGGGCGGUGACAUCCUUUGUAAAUUAUAUUGAAGGAGACCCAGGCUUUACUGCUGCAACCUCUCUAUCUCGGAAUGGGCCAUUUAUUGAGUCGACUGAUGUAUCAAUGCUUAUGCUUGCGCUGACUUGCAAUGCUGCAAUUACAAAACUUGGUCCAGCAAAAGUCUCAUGCUCACAAUUUUUUACCACAAUUCCAGAUAUAACUGGUAGAUUGAUGGACAUGGUGGUUGAUUUUAUCCCUAUACGCCAGGCUUAUCAUUCUUUGAAGGAAAUUGGGCUUGGCCGAGAAUUUCUUGUUCAUUUUGGUCCCCGAGCAGUAGCAUGUAGAAUAAAAAACGAUCGUGAUUCAGAGGAGGUUGUUUUCUGGGUGGAUCUUAUCCAGAAACAGUUGCAGCGAGCUAUAGAUAGGGAGAAAAUAUGGUCCAGACUAACAACAUCUGAAAGUAUUGAGGUUUUGGAGAGAGAUUUGGCCAUAUUUGGAUUCUUUAUUGCCUUGGGCAGACAUACACAAUCCUUUCUAUCUUCAAAUGGUUUUGAUGUAACAGAUCACCCGCUUGAAGGCUUUGUGAGGUUCCUCGUCGGCGGAAGUGUUUUGUAUUAUCCUCAGCUGUCAUCAAUAAGCUCUUAUCAGUUAUACGUAGAGGUAGUUUGUGAAGAGUUGGAUUGGCUUCCAUUUUAUCCAGGCAAUGUUGGUACUCCUAAAGAGUCCCAUGGCCAUAGAAAAAAAGGAGAAAGUCCCCCCACCACUGAGGCGAUACUGCAAGUAUUAGAUGUGUGCUCUCAUUGGAUGCAAAGUUUUAUCAAGUACAGCACAUGGCUGGACAACCCUUCUAAUGUUAAGGCAGCAAAGUUCUUGUCAAGAGGGCACAACAAGCUAAUGGAGUGCAUGGACGAACUGGGGAUAUUAAAUGAUAAAAAGAUGGAAAACAAUAUUGACUAUUCUGUUGGGAGGAUUGGUGGUGGAUCUUAUUCACCAUCUGAGAAAGAGUCUGAUUCCUUUGACAAGGCAUUGGAGAGUGUUGAAGAAGCUCUGACAAGACUUGAGAAUUUGCUUCAAUAUUUGCACGUUUCAAGUUCUAACUCUGGAAAAGAGCAUUUAAAGGCCGCUUGUUCUGACCUUGAGAAAAUAAGAAAGCUUAAAAAGGAAGCUGAAUUUCUGGAGGCAUCCUUCAGAGCAAAAGCAGCUUCCCUUCAGCAGCCGUCUGCUAGUGAACAGCAACAGUUUCUAAACGGGAAGAAAAGAAAGAGUGGUAAUUUCAAGUCAGAUAGGAGUGACAGAGUUGGUGUUAAGAAUCGUGGUGUAUGGAGCCUCUUUAUGCGUUUCCCAACUAGGAAGCCCAUGCCUGAUUUGAUUUUAGAUGAUUCAGAAAAUGAAUUUGUUGAGCAGACUGCUUCAAGUUUAGCAGACUCAGAACUAAAUGAAUUCCAUCGUUUUGAGCUUCUAAGAAAUGAACUUAUAGAACUUGAAAAACGGGUUCAAAGAAGUGCUGAUCAGUCAGAUAAUGAGGAGGACAUCGAGCUUCCAAAUGAUAGUUCUAUAUACAGUGAUGGUGCUGGAGCUACUCAAUUGGUCCAGGUUGAGAAGAAAGAAAAUAUUAUUGAAAAAUCAUUAGACAAGCUUAAAGAAGCUAGCACGGAUGUCUGGCAAGGAACACAGCUUCUAGCCAUUGACGUAGUUGCUUCAACGGGUUUGGUUAGAAGGGCCCUGAUAGGAGAUGAACUGACAGAGAAGGAAAAGAAGGCCCUGCGGAGAACUUUGACCGACUUAGCAUCGGUUGUUCCCAUUGGUGUUCUAAUGCUUCUUCCUGUGACUGCAGUUGGGCAUGCGGCUAUAUUGGCCGCGAUUCAGAGAUAUGUACCAGCUCUGAUACCCUCCACAUAUGGACCCGAAAGGUUGGAUCUCUUGAGGCAGCUUGAGAAGGUGAAGGAAUUGGAAACCGGCGAAGAGAGUUCUGAUGAAAAUGUGGAGGAACUAGCCAGAUGAUAAUCAAUCCUCGACGAUGUACAGUUGAAGUCGAGAAAUUUGUUCCAAUUAUGAGAAGUUCAUUCCAUGUGUCCGGCACUCCAGGCAGGCACCAGUGGCUGCAAUCUUGAGGAGCAAGAGGCGGAGU